CUAUGUUCUCAACAAAUGAAGGCUAAGAUCGCAUCAAAGGCUUUACUGACGGUGGAGGAGGAUGUAGGACCCGGAGCAAAAGUCAGACGGAGUGUAGGAAAACCAGAGUUGAAAACUUUUGAUCCAUUCCUGUUGUUUGAUGAAUUCACAGACAAGUUAUCGGACGGAAUGCCAGAUCAUCCACACAGAGGAUUUGAGGCGGUCACCUAUGUUCUGAAAGGAGGUAUUGAAUAUGAGGAUUCCUGUGGUCACAAAGGGCUACUUCAUCCUGGGGACUUACAGUGGAUGACAGCUGGCCGGGGAAUUGUCCACUGUGAGAUGCCCCAUGGGGAGGAAGAGGUACAUGGACUACAGCUCUGGGUCAAUUUAGCUAAGAAAGAAAAAAUGGGGGAGCCAGCCCUUCAGGAACUGCUGGACAAGGACAUUCCAAGGACAUCCAAAGAUGGGGUCAAAGUCAAGGUCCUGGCUGGGGAAGCAUUUGGAAUAAAAUCUAAGGUAUACACUCACACCCCUACGAUGUAUCUGGACUUUAAGCUGGAUCCUGGAUCUAAACUGGAACAACCAAUUCCUGCUGGCUGGAGGUCUUUCUUGUACAUCCUGUCUGGCAAAGCCAAGUUUGGUCCAGCAGGAAGUCAGGAGGAGCAUGAGGCUCAUCACCUGGUGACCUUCGAGGACGAGGGAGGGGACAGUAUACGUGUAGAGAACUCUGGAGCAACGGAAUGUCAUUUAGUUAUGGUUGCUGGAGAACCAAUCAAAGAACCUGUUUAUCAGCAGGGACCUUUUGUUAUGAACUCGCUAGAAGAAACCCAGCAGGCAUAUCGUGACUUUCAGUCAGGAGGGAGUGGAUUUGAGAAGGCCUCAAAAUGGCAGUCCGAUUAUAUGAGGAAUCUCAAAUCAAACAUAAGUUGACUAAUGAUCUCACUUAGGAGGUGUGUUAAGAUAUGUCCUUCAGUGAACAGGAAGGAAUGAAGUGCUCAUUGAUACAUUUAGUCAAAUGACAACCAUGACAAUUUAAUACCUGACUCAUAUGUAUACUAAUUGUAUUAUCAAUUGGAGGAAAAACAUCAUUAGAUGUUUAUUUUCUAAUGAAGAACAUUAACUUCUCAGUUGUUAUUAUUGUAUUUUAGUAUUAAAAAUGCUUCAAUGUAAAAUGUUAUUGGUUUUGUAUGUUAGAAAGAGAAGUGCAGUAAAACUUCUCUAAUUCGACAAUCACUGGUUCCAAAGAAAUCUGUUAGAUUAUAAAACAUUCAGGAUUAGACAACAUUGUAAUAAUUAUUAAUAAUUUAAAUUUCUGAGAGGGACAUAAAGUUUAUAUCGUAUUAGGCAAGAUUCUGGAAUACACAACAUUUGGAUUACAAAAGUUUUACUGUACAAAUGUUAGAGCUGAAAAAUGUUAGUUUCUUGAUUGUGACAAUCAGCAAGCAAAUGGUUCUCAUGAGAAUUUUAUUUCUGAAAAUUUCCACGUAUACAUUUGAGGUGUGAAACUCAUGCAAGUUACAUUUUUUAUAAGUCAUAUUCUGAAGAGAGGGAAAGAGAAAGACACUAUUGUAUAUUUUACAUGCAUGAAUAGCAUUUUUAAAAUUAUAAUAUUGUUAAUAUUUUUUUUUACUUUACUUUCACUUGUUGAUUGUGUACGUAAUAAGAAUAAAAUUUGAGAACUC